CCAAUAAAAUCCCAGUGAGGUCACAAUCCAGUCAAAAACCAACUUGGCCACCUUAAAUUCAUCACUUCCCAGUUUCCCAAACCUUAGACGCUCAAGCUGAAGGGCAAGCACCCAUUCACUUGCUUUUAAGCUACACAUUCUCUCAGGACUGUACUCAUACAGUGGAGCAUGCUCUCCGCACAAUUUUAUGUGUCCAGAUGAAGGGUCAAAAGAGGUCUGCAAAUGAUAUUCAUGCUGCAUUGACUGAUGACAUCCUACACGAGAUCCUCCUUCGACUGCCAGAGAAAUCUGUUUUCAGUUUCAUACUCGUAUCAAAGAGGUGGCUUCGUGUGAUAUGUAGCUCUUCUUUUCGAAAGGAUUACCAUGCUCGAUGGAGAAUAAAUUUUCAUCUUUUGGGCUUCUUUGUGUGCAAUCAUCUAUACCUUGGAAGAUCUAAACAUGGCAUACGCCGGCCCCCAUCAGAACGUGCACUUCAUUUAUUGUCAACUUGUGAGGAAGGCGAUAAUUUACUGGUUUCUGGGAUCCCCAAACAGCUUGGCUAUUUCAUUGACUCUUCCAAUGGCCUUCUUCUUUUCGGCCGCCACCCAAUGACAUAUUCUGUGUGGAACCCAAUCACCAAACAGCUAUGCCGACUUCCUCAACCUCAGCAGUACUAUAAAAGUUUGUGUAUUGCAUUCUUCAGUGUCACCGAGGAGUGUUUUGAUGACAUCAUCCACUACAAGGUUAUUCGGGCAAGAUGUGACUGCAGACGUGAUGAAGUUAAUACUGUCUCCAUUGAGACUUUCUCUUCAGUGACUGGUACAUGGAAACAUUAUACGCUCACUUGCUCUUCAACAUUUGCCUUGCGUCCUUGGGCAGUGGCUACUGUAAUUAGUGGUGUCAUAUACUGGUUUGCAACCCAGGGAAAUCUAGCCAUUUAUGAUCCGCGUCUUGGAGAUAGGCGUAUAGUUUUGCUUAAAUUACCAGAUGGUAAGAUUUCUCAAGAUUAUGAUGAGUGUGUUCUUGGGGAGGCCCCAGAUGGGCUUUUGCAGUAUGGUCAGAGCAGCACGUCAGGCAUGGAGAUAUGGGUUCUUGCGAGGGAAGGAAAUAGUUUCUCAUCAAACUUGCAAUCACAGAACAGGUGGAAUUUAAGGUACAAACUAAGUUUCAAAGCAAUGUGGAAGCAAAAUCCAGACUGUGCAAAGAAUUCUAAAGAAGCUCAAAUAUUGUCAUUCCUUCCCCAGAAUUCUGAAUAUGUCUUCAUAAGAGCUGGAUGGAACAUAUUUCUCUUUCACCUCAAAAGCCGAAGGCUUACACUGAUUCCAUAUCUUGGUCGUGACUCUUCUAUUCAAUGGGAUGACAGUCAAGUAAUGCCUUACUUUAGACCUUCUUGGCCGCACUCCUGUUUAUGCCCCUAAAGACUUACGGAGGAGAAAGUUGUAGACAUCUAUUUCAUACGAUCCCUGCAAGUGACCUGUGUUGCAUUUAGUUGUUUUAUGUAAUGAACAUAUGACAGUUUCCUUAGAAUAUUGAGAUGAAGUUCUCUUUGCUGUGAUA